UCUCAGACGGUGUGUCUGUCAGAUACCCGCCUUCUUCUUCUUCAUCAUUAUUUCCACAAUCCUUUGAAGAUUUAAAUUACUUCACCAAAUAUUCAGACACAAAAACCCAAAAAAAUGGGUUUUAGAUUCCACAAUCUUAAAUCCCUAUACAGAACUUCAAUGUCAAAACUGUCACACACCAAUACCCACAUGAACAAGAAAUUCCACCCAAACCCCAUAAUUUUCCAUACUUUGAAUUCCCAUCUCCAAACUCUCUCUGACUCUGACUCUGAAAACCACAAAUACAAUCACCCAGUUUACAAAAUCCCCAAAAGGUGGCAUCUGGGCCAUUCCCACCAUGGCCAUGAUCAGGAGGAGCAAAACCAACAAUAUGGGAAGGAGGGUGAGACUAUAUUCCGGUUGGGUCUAGCUGCCGACAUUGGUUUGGCUACUGGAAAAGCCUUCACUGGCUAUCUUUCUGGUAGCACUGCCAUUAUUGCUGAUGCUGCACAUUCUGUUUCCGAUGUGGUUCUUAGUGGCAUUGCUCUAUGGUCAUAUAAAGUUGCAAAGGCUCCAAAAGACAAAGAACACCCAUAUGGACAUGGUAAAUUUGAGACUCUAGGAAGCCUUGGAAUCUCUUGUAUGCUUUUGUUAACUGCUGGUGGCAUUGCAUGGCAUGCUUUAGAGAUUUUGCUAGGAAUGCUGUCAUCACAUCCUGGAAUAGUUGAUCAGUCAUUUUCACAUGAGCAUGUGCAUAGCCAUCUUCAUAGUGGACACCACCAUGGAGUUGAAAUGGAUCAUCCCAUCCUGGCAUUGAAUAUGACUAUUGUAUCAAUUUGUGUAAAAGAAGGGCUUUAUUGGAUAACAAAACGGGCUGGAGAAAGACAAGGCAGUGGGCUGAUGAAAGCAAAUGCCUGGCAUCAUCGUGCAGACGCUGUUUCAUCAGUAGUUGCUCUCAUUGGCGUUGGAGGUUCUAUUCUUGGAGUUAAAUUUCUAGAUCCACUAGCUGGAGUUAUUGUCUCAGGCAUGAUCCUAAAAGCUGGGCUUGAAGCUGGGUAUCAGAGUGUUUUGGAGCUGGUGGAUGCUGCAAUCCCAGGGGAACAUUUGGAUUCUAUUAAACAAACAAUACUUCAAACUGAGGGUGUCAAGGGAUGCCAUCGGAUGAGGGGAAGGAGGGCUGGUUCAUAUCUGUAUCUUGAUGUACAUAUUGAGGUUGACCCUCUUUGUAGUGUUAGUGCUGGACAUUACAUUGGUGAAAAUGUUCGUCAUCACAUUCACAAAUCCCACCCUGAAGUUGCUGAAGUUUUCAUACACAUAGAUCCUGCAAUUUCACAAAUCUCUGCGAGUAUAGCUGACCAGCAAGAAAGUUCUAAGGGAACCAUGCAAAAUAUAAAUAUUCCUGCAGAGGAUAAAGACAUUGAAGCAGUUGUUUCCAAUGUCAUCUUGUCAAGGUUUCCUGAGAAAAUGGUUGUUGAGCGCGUAACUCACCACUUGUUGCAAGGCAAGCUUUUACUCCAAAUUGAGGUCUCUAUGCCACCAGAAAUGUUGAUACGGGAUGCAAAGGAGAUGGCAGAAGAAGCAGAGAAUGAGAUUUUGAAGGCAGCCUCAAAUAUCAUUCAUGUAAGCAUUCAGCUACGUUUGGGGCAUCCAAUUCCACAGUUGAACCUUUGAAUGGCAAGAGUGUCACAAAGUGGAAAAAGGACACAAUAUCUAACCUAAAUAGUUAGGGACAAGUAAUAAAUAAGAAUGCUGAAGCACUAACAUACUAUUAUAGACAUCUAUUCCUCAGGACAAAAGGGGUAUAGUGGGGAAGAAAAUUAUGCCAAAAUGAGGUGUGACAAUCCAGAGAGAUUUAGUUUAUUUGGAAUUGUUUAUUUUGAUAAAUAUUUUGCCCUGCUGAGGCAAUUUUACACACUGUAGAGAUCCAAUUCCUGUACUGAGGGGACGUUGUGAGAUUUGUUCACCUCCAAGCUUGUUAAAAGUCCAUUUUUAACAGGUUAAAAUGAAAUUUUAAAAUUUUGGAUA